AUGUAUAAGGUGGUUGUUAGUGUUAUCGCCGUUUUGAAGUGUGGACGUUAUUGUUGUGCUUUCUGUACCUUGGCAUACGAUGACAAAUCUAUAUCGUUAAUAGAGAGGAAAAAGAGACAGUGGGCGCGAGAAAAAGACGAACUGGAUAACCUUUGGGCGCCUUGGGAAAACAGAACGUCCAAUCAGUGGCCACUUUCCUCAAGAGCUCAACAUACAAAAAUUGCAACCAUCGUAGGCCAAUCAUCCAAUCGUAGAGAAUCAUUUUCCUCCCAAAAUUCAUAUAAAAAAAGCAGUUUACCUCCGCUGAGUAAAACACAAACUAUAUCCAAGGAUAGAUUCGAAAGAGAAGGUGAAACUUCUGGUUAUGCAAGUGACAAUCCAGUACAGCCGGGAUAUCUUUCGCGCACAUACUCAGGCAAUCCCAGUAAUCCACAAUGUGGAUACGAAUCCUCUUCGAGUAGAGACGAUAGAUCUAGAUGGAAAAACAAAGUGAUGUCUUCUGAUUGGGAAAGCAAAGAUACUUCUAGAUCUAAUGAGAUUACCAACGAUCCUCCAAAUUGGUUGAAACGAGGCUUGGAACAAGAAGGACACAUAGAAGUUACGAAUUCUUCCCCUUCAGAAUCUCCAGAGCAAGAUUACAUCGAACAUGAUCGUCCUCUUACAGGCUCCAGUUCAGUGAGAAUUAGGACUCACAUUCGAGGACAGAAUAUUCGACUGGAUUCUGUAGAGUUGGCAGAGCGAGAAAGGAAACGGGAAAUUGCUCUUCAACAUCAACAGGCCAUUCGACAGCAACUAGAAGAAAGAGAAAGGAAAAGAUCAGAAGAACGAAGACGACGAAUUCGUGAAGAAUACGAAGAAGAAUUGAGGAUAGCAAAAGAACAGCAGUUGGAGAGGAAGCGUCUCGAGGAUGAACAGAAAUUACUUCAGAAGAAGCAUGAAAAGGAAGAGAAGAGAAAAGAAGCAAUGAAAAAAGCCAUUGAGUUAGCAGAGAAUGAGGCUAAACUUCAAAAAAUGAAACUGAAAAUGUUGAAACAACAGAAGAAUAAUGAUCCUAGUGAACUCUAUCCAAUAGAGACACCAACGAAAGAAUGUAACAGCAAUAGGGAAUCAAAAUUGGAAUGUACAAAGGAAAAAAGCAAUUUAACACCUAGGAACACAUCUCAUACAAGACCUGAUGAAAAGAAUAAGGAAAACUGGAAUAAUAUGCAACCAACGAAAAUCGAGAAUCGUACUACGGAAAUAAGUAUUAAGAAUAAUCUCGAAACAGAAAAUGGAUCGAAAGAUAUUCAGAACAAUUUGAACGACAAUAUGAAGAAUUUCUCAAGAACUACUCAACAAAAAAACGAACCUGUAACCAUAGUGAUUCCAACUAAUUUCGAAACUUUACAGAAUUUUCAAUACGCAGUACUUAUGUCGUUACCUUCUAGUAGUUCAGUACCAGUAGCGGUUCCUUUAGCAGUUGCGUCAGAAAAUACACAAUUAUAUACAGCAGCAGCCGCGCGAACUGAAAACAGAAUUCUCACACCUACUCAAUAUAGGCAAAAAAAUAAACUCAUGUGUGAUAGCAGUACGCAAACGGAGGAUUUGAGAAUAGAAAAAUUUUCUAGGGACAAAAACACGAAUAUUGACGGCAUUUAUGAAAAUAGAAGUAGGAAAGGCAGGAAUAGUAGCAGAAACGAAAACGUUUCUGACAGACCUAAGUGGGGUGCCAAUAGACCACCAACGAGAUAUUUGAAGCAAAGUGAGAAAGAUUUGGUGUACCAAAGGAAAAAAUCGAGACAGAAGAAUGAGGAAAACUUAUAUGAUGACAAGAACUCAAGUGACGAAAGUCAAAUGGGAACACCGAGGUACAGAAAGAGAAAUCACUUGGACAAAAGACAUCCUCGACCGAUGUGGAGGAAACAUAACUCUGAAGAUGUCUUCCGUAGAAAUGUCCGGAUGUAUCAAAGUGAAAUUAUUCCUAUCGAAGCUGAUAAAAACAACGUAUGCUUCGAGCACAGAUGCUGCUGUAAAUGCAGAUGCAGUGGAAAACGUAUAGUAGAGUCUAGUGUUGAUAUUCUUACUGUUAAUCAUGAAUCACCCAGGAAUACAACGGGAUCAAAUUUGAUCGACGAUCCGAAUAGAACAGGAGAUGAUCUACCGUCAUUACCAAACGAGGAAAUGGAUUAAUGGAAC